ACAUACACACAGCGCACAAACCAGCCCUCCUCAUCACCAGUAUUUCCUCUCCUUGGCGGACCAAUAACGCUGCAGUUUCACGUUCCCUCCAUCUCAGCCAGUUGUUUCUCAAGGAAUAAACAGAAAACGAGGAGAUUUCUUUAUUAUCGCUUCAAAACAUUUGUACCUCCAGGUUUUUGGCUGCUUUCUUGGGAGCAUCUAAGCUGCUUGUAUUGUUGUUGUUUUUUCCUCAUCUGGUUGAAUGUCCUCUGAGAUGGAAGUGAGAUGUCGUCCAGCGGUGAUGUGUUGUGUUUUUGCCAUCCUCUCCUCCGUGGUUCCCCGGUCGCUGGAGUCCUCUUACAGGGACAGACAGUACCUGAACGAGUGGGCGGUGGAGAUCCCAGGCGGACUGGCCGCUGCAGAGGGGAUCGCCAGAGAGCUGGACUACCAACUGGUCCGACAGAUUGGGGCCCUGGAAGACCAUUUCUUGUUCAAACACCGCAAUCAUCCUAGCAGAAUGAAACGAAGCGCCGACCACAUCACCAAGCGGCUGUCGGAGGAUGAUCGGGUGCUGUGGGCAGAGCAGCAGUACGAGAAACGUCGCAACAAGCGAGCGUCCCUCGGGGAGUGCAGGGACUGCCCAGUGGAUAAGCUGUUUGAUGAUCCCAUGUGGAACCAGCAGUGGUACCUGCAAGACACACGGACGUCUUCCUCGCUGCCGAAGCUGGAUCUGCAUGUGAUCCCCGUGUGGCAGAAAGGCAUCACAGGAAAAGGAGUGGUCAUCACCGUUCUGGAUGACGGGCUGGAGUGGAACCACACAGACAUCUACUCCAACUACGAUGCAGCAGCCAGCUACGACUUCAACGACAACGACCCGGACCCCUUCCCCAGAUAUGACUCCACUAAUGAAAACAAACAUGGGACCAGGUGUGCUGGGGAGAUCGCUAUGCAGGCAGACAACAACAAAUGUGGUGUUGGAGUGGCAUACAACUCCAAGGUUGGAGGGAUUCGUAUGCUGGAUGGGAUUGUGACUGAUGCCAUUGAGGCCAGCUCUAUUGGGUUCAAUCCAGACCAUGUGGACAUCUACAGUGCCAGCUGGGGACCCAACGAUGAUGGCAAGACGGUGGAGGGCCCUGGCCGCCUGGCCCAGAAGGCGUUUGAAUACGGUAUCCAGAAGGGCCGUGGUGGGAAAGGCUCUAUCUUUGUUUGGGCAUCAGGUAAUGGUGGCCGCCAGGGCGAUAACUGUGACUGUGACGGUUACACAGACAGCAUCUACACUAUCUCAAUCAGCAGUGCCUCCCAGCAGGGCCUGUCCCCGUGGUACGCUGAGAAGUGCUCCUCCACUCUGGCUACAGCAUACAGCAGUGGAGACUACACCGACCAGAGGAUAACUAGUGCUGAUCUGCACAAUGAGUGCACUCAGACUCACACUGGAACGUCGGCCUCUGCCCCCCUGGCUGCUGGAAUAUUUGCCCUGGCACUGGAACAAAAUCCAGAUCUUACCUGGAGAGACCUGCAGCACAUUGUGGUCUGGACCUCAGAGUUCGAUCCUUUGGCCAAUAACCCAGGCUGGAAGAGGAACGGAGCAGGGCUGAUGGUCAACAGCCGCUUCGGCUUUGGCCUUCUCAACGCUAAAGCCCUGGUGGACCUCGCUGACCCGGCCACCUGGAAGCAUGUGCCUGAAAAGAAGCAAUGCAUCGUCAGAGAUGACUCUUUCCAGCCCAGGGAGCUGAAAGCAGCAGGAGAGAUCACUAUAGAGAUUCCAACCAAAGCCUGCGUCGGGCAGGAAAACGCAGUCCGCUCAUUGGAGCAUGUGCAGGUGGAGGCCAGCAUUGAAUACACCAGGAGAGGGGACCUGCACAUAACACUCACCUCCCCAGCCGGUACCAGUACGGUGCUUCUGGCUGAGCGAGAGAGGGACACAUCCGCUAAUGGCUUCAGAAACUGGGACUUCAUGUCUGUCCAUACAUGGGGAGAAGAUCCUGCUGGUACAUGGACCCUUAAGAUAACAGAUACUUCGGGUCGUAUGGAGAAUGAGGGUCGGAUUUUGAACUGGAAGCUGAUUCUUCAUGGAACGUCAGAGAAGCCGGAUCACAUGAAGAAACCCAGAGUGUACAUUCCCUACAACGCUGUGCAGAAUGACCGCCGUGGUGUGGAACAUAUGGAUGACAUGAUGGAGGAGCCCACACGGCCCUAUCCGCCUCCAAAGAGUGAGACUGCACAAGCCUCCCUUCCUUCCAACCCAGAGAAGGAGCCUAAGAAGCCGUCAAAUUCACCCUACUCCCCCUCCCUGGCCCUGCUGCGUCUACUUCAGACGGCAUUCAACAGGCAGUCUCCUGCCCUGCAGCAGCCCCAGUCCGUAGUCAGGGCCUCCUCCGCCUGGAGUAAGCAGCAGCUGGACCGGAGCCUCUCUCCCCCUGCGACAAGACUGCCCCCUCAGACGUUGUACCAGGCUCUGGACAUGAUCAACAAGUACCGGGGCCCCGAGGACAGUGUCUACAGUGACUACACUGAUGGCUUCUACAGCACCAAGCCGUACAGGCACAGAGAUGACCGACUACUGCAGGCCCUGUUUGAGAUGAUAGAUGAUGACCGGAAGUGAGAGGAGAGGAGAAGGGAGGAGGGGAGGGAAGAGGAGAGGAAAGGAGAGGAAAGAUAUAAGAUAAGGGGGAAGCAUGGUUAUGUGUUGGUUGGGGAGCAGAGGAACAAGGCGAAGAGAAGAGAGGAAGCAGAGGGAUGGGAUCGGGCAUUAGAGGAGUGGAGGAGGAGAGAAGAAAUACAGGAAAGAGAACUCUUCCACUCUGUUCUGUUUUUCCCCCCAAAAUGCUGCAAAUCUGAUCUCUUUACCUUCAUUUGUCAAUCACCAUUCAUUCAUUAAUUCUUUCAUUCAGCCAUGCAAAAUUUCCGGUCCACACGUGAUUCAAAACAUGGACUUGUUUGGAGCCCCUCUGCUACAAACUCCAUGUAAUGAAAGCAUUUAAAUCCAAAGAAAGGAGGGGUAGGCCUAGUCUCUCUUCUCUUCACUGCCUACCCAAGCAUGCCACCUUUAGAAUCUAUGUUUUAUAUAUAUAUACACACAUAUAAUCUAUAAAUUAUACAAAGACAAUGAUUGUAAUAUGGUUUUGAAAAAAACUCUUUACAGCUAAAAUCUUCACUUUCAAAAAUCCCAUUUCUAUUUGUAUCUUGCCAUUUUCCAUAAGCCCUAUAUAGUUUUUUUCAAUACGUUUCACUAUUAUAAGACACCUACUCACUUUAUUCACUUUAGAGGACAAACUGAUCCUUAAAAAAUUGACAUUAAGUCUUUAAAUUAGAGUCAGCAUACAUUCAAAAUGAAACAAAAUUUUAAAUUGAUCAGCAAUUUGAAAUGUUUGAGCUGUGUUGACAAAAGAUUUAUUCUCAGGGUGUCAACAAAGCUCAAGAGAGCAACAGAAUCAUAUUCUGGACUCUUCUAAGUAUUAAGAGAAAUAUAGGGAGUGUGAAAGAUUAUAUACUAUAAAAGCAUGCAAAUGAGACAAGACCUCUACUCUGGUAAUAAUGAAUGACAGAUGGAGCACUGGGAAGUCUUUCAGUUGGAGUACAAUGCUGCAUUAAAUGAAAUAUUUUUCUAAGGAUCCUCAUAGUUUAUGAAAAAUUAUAUAUACAGUAUCAAACCCUUGAACUGUUUAUUUUCUUGUGGUGUAGUUCACUCAGUAACUGCAAAGUCAGUGUAGUUGUCAUAACUACAAAUGAACACUGCCAAAAUCUUUGCUGUCAAAAAGCUUCUGUGUAUUUCAGUGAAUGUGCAAAUGGCUAACAUGUUGUUUGUUCAUCAUCUGCGAUAUGCCAACUCCAAACAGUUCCUUGAAUCUUGGACAGAUUAUUGCAUCAAUAUUACUUCUCUGGUAUUAUUUAUUUGGUAUUAACGGACCUAUCACACUUCAGAAGCUAACCAGAGGCUCUGUAGAAUAGGGGCUCUGCACCGCAACCUUCAAGCACAUUCAUCUUGAACGCCUUAAUAUAUGCUGUAAUAAAUGUGCAUACUCAUCUCCACAUGGUGUAGAUCAAUUUACAGAUGCUAGUUUAAGUGUUUAUGACAUGAAUAGUUAUGAAUCCUCUAUGCAGAGUCUCUAUCCUCCAGCUUAGAACUGCCUGCCCCGCUUCUCUGCCAACAAGGUGACAGGAAAAAGAAGAUGUUUGGGACAAUGCUUCACAUGCACCCUGUAAUUUAUCCAUUCUUUAGCGUAGCCCGUGCAGUUUUCUUUAUGUUUUUGUUUUGUGACUGAUGCUUCAGUCCAAGGUUGUUUACACAAACCAAUAUUAUGUUGCAAUUUCUGUGUGGAUGUACAAAAAAAUAGAUGAGAUUUAUCGUAAUAAACUGCAAAGUGAC